GUAAACACUCGAAGGCCUAUGUUGCCGACUUCGGGCUGGCAAAGCUUGGGAAUAAGCGACAUCCUGACAACUCAAUCUCCUCUGGCACAACGACGGUGGCGAUCCUAAUGCAAGCAGGCACUCCGGGGUACAUGGCGCCCGAGUACGCAUAUGAUGCAAAGCUGACUUUGUCAAGCGAUGUUUUCUCGUUUGGGGUGGUAUUGCUAGAGCUGCUAACUGCAAAGAGGGCAAUCUUGAAGCUGGGCAAAGAUGACACCAUACUGCUGUUUUCGUGGGUGAGACAGAACCCACUGGUCUCAACUCUUGAUCCACAUUUACAAGUUUUUGUGAUGCCAGAGGAACAGCCUGCAGUGGUGGAUCUGCUGAACCUAGCAGUCCAGUGUACGGAUGAGCGGAUAUCCAGGAGGCCGUCGAUGGCGGAUAUAGCAAGGGCGAUUGAGGCAAUAUCGGCUCGAUCAGCGCACCGGUAAUGAAGGCAGGAUGGCAAUAAGCAGA